AUGCGUUUGAAAUUCGCUCUCGCUGCUGCCUGUGUGCUGAGUGCCCGUGCUCUGCCUCAGGCCGAGACAUCGACCUCGACAAGUGGUACUAGUACCGUCACAAGCUCGGCGACUGUCUCAGAACCCAUCAGCACUGCCCCAGCAACUGAGACCACCGCUGUCUCGACUGCCGUUCCCAGUCCUACAGCCCCGCUCGACUAUCCUCUGCCCAGUCAAGCCGCACUUCCCCCGAAACAGGCAUGGUGUCCAAGCGAAAUUUUUUGUGCUGGUCAGCUGCUCCAAUCAGUCAAUCUCGCAAAGCUGUACGUCGAUUCAAAGACGUUCGUCGACAAGCCAACUGCUUUCGAUGCCCAGCGGGUCUUGUCCGACUUCAACGCCCUCGGUCCUCAGGACAACGUCACUGUUGGGGCGAUCGCCAACUUUGUAUCAAAUGAUUUCCGAGGUGAGGGCCUGGAACUCGAGGCCUUGACGCUCAGCAACUUUCCGGAGAACCCCACAUUUCUUUCGAAGAUCAAGGACCCCUUGGUCAAAGCGUGGUCAAAGAUUGUACAUACCUACUGGUCUGACCUUAUUCGUGGUACCAACCCAGAGACGCUUUGCUCGGACCGCAACGGAACCACGGGAUGCGAGAGCUCCUUGAUCCCGUUGAAUCACACUUUUGUCGUGCCCGGUGGCCGUUUCCGAGAACAGUACUACUGGGAUUCGUACUGGAUCGUCCGCGGACUCUUGGAGUCGCAGUUGUAUGACAUCGUCAACUCGACGCUCCAGAACUUUAUGGAUGAACUCGAUACGAUUGGGUUCAUCCCGAACGGUGGUCGCAUAUACUACCUGAAUCGGUCUCAGCCCCCUCUUUUCAUUCACAUGCUUGCUGCGUAUGUGAAUCGCACCAAGGACACGGACAUCCUCGACAGGGCCCUUCCCUUGGCUGAGAAGGAGCUCGCCUGGUGGGCCAAUAACCGUACUUUCAAGGUCGAAUCUCCUACCUCGAAAAAGACAUACACCGUAUACCGUUAUGCUGUGAAUAACACUGCCCCCCGUCCCGAGUCGUACUUGCCGGAUUAUAUUACAGCCAACGGCGAGGACAUCGAAACACCCUUGACCGACGAACAAAAGGCCGAUCUAUACGCCGAGCUUGCAACUGGAGCGGAGAGUGGAUGGGACUACACCGCGCGCUGGUCCCGUCAACAAUUCUCAGGUAACCUAAGCAACACCGAACCACAACUUCGUUCGCUCAACCUCCGCGCCCUCGUCCCCGUGGACCUAAACGCCAUUCUGUAUGGCGCACACAUCCAGCUUGCAUCGCUCUUUGACCGACACACCAAGUCCAAGCGGGAUCUGCGUGCGCGCGCAAGUGCUAGCUCGUACCGCAAGAAAGCUGAUACCCUGAAGAAGGCUAUAUUGGAUCUCUGCUGGAACGAGCAAAAGCUUGCCUUUUACGAUUUCAAUACAACCGCGGGUGGACAGUCGAGCACUUUCACAGCGGCGGCGUUCUAUCCGCUCUGGAUGGGUAUAUGGCCAGAGAGUCUGCUCAAGUCCGAGACCAAGACGUUUGGCGCGUUCUCGUCCGUCAACUAUGUUUUGAAUAUGUAUAAUGGCACGUACCCGGCUACCUUUUUGGAGACUGGGCUGCAGUGGGACUUCCCGAACUCUUGGCCUCCUCAUGUCUACAUUAUUCUCGAGGCUCUGAAUAAUAUCCCGAAGAAGCUCAACAAGCAAAAACUCCCACAAAUUAACUCGACUGUAACCUCGUUCGAUCUUGUUCCGGAAGGUCAACUGGGAUUAUCAGAAGACCAGCUACCCAAACAAACACUCGAUCUCGGAGGUUAUGCAGCAACAGACAUCAACGCCGGGAACAACACUGUCAUCAACGGUGGUACUCCAGCGAAGAACGAGAAAUGGAGGGAUUCAAUGACACGCCAGCUGGCAAACCGCUAUGUUAGUGCCGCAUUCUGUAGCUGGUACUCGACCGGUGGAUCCAUUCCUGGUCUACUUCAGCAACUUUCGCCCGAAGAGUUGAAUGCGACAAACUCGGAUCCAUCGUCCGAGGGACACAUGUUUGAAAAGUUCUCAGCCGUAGACGUCGAUCAAGCCGGCUCCGGUGGUGAAUACACCGUGCAAGCAGGGUUUGGCUGGACAAAUGGAGUCGCACUCUGGAUCGGAGCCAAAUACGGGGCAAUCCUCUCAUCGCCCACCUGCCCUGCUAUAAUCGUCCAAAACACAACUCAACCCGAUGGAACAGCACUCUUCAUUGGGCAUAGAAAGCAGGCGUGGGAAUGGUAA